CUACAAUUUAAAUUUAUUUAACUAGAUCAUUUGAUUAAAUAAAGGAGGAUCAGAAACAAAAAAAAUAACUAGAUCAUAAAUGGUUUAAUAUUUUAUCUGGUUUUGAUAUGAACACAUUUUUCUGCCUUGAGUCAAAAACUUCAACAAUUGCUUUCAUUAACCAACAGUUCAGGAUGGAGCUCAACACAGCUUUUACAGAAAUGAUAAGGAAUGUUUCAUCAAAAGGGCAUGAAAGCCGGGAGAUUCAAUCUUGGUUGAUGAUGUCCAGUAUUUGGCCUUCCGUAGCCCUCACUUCAGGGUACCUCUACUUUGUUAUUUUAGGAGGGCCCAAACUGAUGGAGGGAAGGAAACCUUACAAUCUAAAGUCACCAAUGCUAGUUUAUAAUUUGUUGCAAGUGGUUUUCUCAUCUUGGAUUGUAAUUAAGGGAAUUAAAGAAACUUAUGGUUCAUUUUUUACUGGAGCUUGUGUACCAAGUCUUCUUGACUCCAAAACAGCUUAUGAGGUGGAAACUUUGAAUUGGUUUUACAUGAUGUCAAAGUAUGUUGAAUUUUUGGAUACAAUUUUCUUCAUAUUAAGAGGGAAAUGGAAUCAAGUUACAUUUUUGCAUGUCUACCACCAUGCAAACAUGGCAAUAUUUACUUGGGUUUUCGUUAAAUACAUAAGUGGCAUCCAAAUUUUCAUGAUAGCUCUAUGUAAUAGUUUUGUCCACGCUGUUAUGUAUGGUUACUAUCUUCUUGCUGCAUUAGGUCCUCAAGUAAGAAGGUUUCUUUGGUGGAAAAGAUACAUCACUAAACUUCAAAUUGUACAGUUCGUAGCAAUCAUCAGCUUCAUGGUGAACCUACAGGUACAAGGAUGCGAUUGCUCUCCAUGGUUUAUACUGUUCUCAAUCUGCAAUACCUCGUCUUUUCUUGUUCUCUUCUUAUGUUUCUAUGCUAAAGCUUAUACAAGCAAAACAAAUGUUGACUAAAAGUUUUAGCUAUUAUAUAUUAGAUCUAUCUAUUCUCAUGGACUCAUUCGACAAGAAUAAAUCCAUUAAUUAUUUUUUAUAAAUAUUUUAAAUUCUUAUUUAUUUAAAUUUAAAUUAUUUUUAAAUGUAUCUUUUUGAUAAUAAUAUUGCUUUGACUUAUUUAAUUGUAUAAUUAAAAGUAUCUGAGUUUUUAAAGCAAUUUUUGUGAUAUAUUAUAUAAUGUUAUGUAAAGUAACUUUUAGUGAUAAUUUCAAUAUUUAAUUGCAGUGUAAUAUAACUAAGAAUAAUUACAAUUAUUACUAUUAUGAAAUUAUUGAGGAAACUAAUGCUUGCUCACACUAAUAUGACAGCAGGAAAUGGGAAUACUCCACAAAAAGGAAUGAAACUCUUUUCCUUCCCCACAUUAAAUUCAACCAGAACCUAAAAACUGUUGAACUAUAAUUGAAAUGUAAUUUGUGAUGUUUCUAAAAUGAUGCACAUUCAUAUUUGUUUUCAUUGUUGGAAACAAUCUGAAUGAAAACAAGAAUUAAUAAACAAAUGGAUAUUUAUGAAUUUAUUUUAGAAAAUGUUUGCAUAAGUUUCAUUUUGCUAUCUUACAUACCUUAUAAAGUUAUUGGAGGGCGAGUAUUAGUUUCAACAUGUCUCCAUAAGACUGCCAUAUUCUUGUAGGCUAGCUAUAAACUAUUGUAAAUUUAUUACAGGAGUAUGUGUCAUUUUAGCAAGUGUAUAUAUAAUGCAACAUAUGUAAAUAAUAUAGAUAUGUUAUAGAUAUAGAUAUGUACAUAUUGUGACAUGUUAUAGUAUCUUAUUAAACUCCUUUUAAUGUAAUAAUAAACUUUAUAUAUUAAUAAAUUUUAUAUACAUAUAUAUUUGACUUUGGAAAACCAAUAGAUCUUCAAACAUUUUCUUGGAGGAUACCUCUCAUAUAUAUAUCUCAUAUUUAUUCCUAAGUCAUAUGAUUAUUGGUGAUAUUCUAACACAUUCUUUAAACCUUGGUAAGGCGAACUUGGAAAAGCUAUUUUUCAACUCUUGUAAGCAUUAUUUGUUUUAAAAAUAAAAUAACAAGUAAUCUUUGUUUUCAGUAUCCCCUAAAAUUAACCUGAACAAUAUAUAAUUCCUGCAGAAUGAAUGGUGGAUCAAACUAGUGCCCUGGCAAUCGCCACGGGGCACCGACGUGGAAGGGCGCCCAUUGG